AUGGCGAUCCGGUCAGAAGUAGAACAUUGGGACAUUGUCAUUGUCGGUGCCGGCAUUGCUGGACUGGCUUCCGCAAUCGCCCUUCGUCAAAAUGGCCGCAGCAUCCUCGUCCUCGAGAAAUCAAGCAUGAACAAAGAAGUCGGUGCACUCAUCUCCCUUCAGCCCAAUGCUUCCAAAAUCGUCGAUGGCUGGAACAUGUCACCCUUUCUCUCCGAAAAGAAACCAAUGGUCGAUGAAGCUUUCCGCCUUCUCAACGUCAAGGGAGAACUCCAAGUUGAGAUGAAACUCAACACUUCACAAUUCGGUGCCGAUAGAAUGCUGUACCAUCGUCAAGAUCUGCAUGAUGCGCUGAGACAGGCGGCUACGUCAAAGGAAAUGCCCGGCGAGCCUGCCGUCAUCCGCACUUCCUCUGGUGUCACUGGUUGUGAUUGCGACUCUGGAAUUGUCUAUCUCAGCAAUGGAAGCUCGGUCCGUGGAAGCGUUAUUGUCGGAGCAGAUGGCAUUCGCAGUGCAAUCAGAGAUGAAGUCAUCAAGGGCUCAAAGAGCGAAGGAUCAAAAGCCAUCCCCACCGGCCUCUCAGCAUACCGCGUUCUUGUCGAAACAGACAAACUACCUAAACUCGAUGUCUCAGAAGACGUGUUUGAUCUCAAGCGCUCAGCAACCACCAUGAUAGUCGGUCAUGACAAGCGAGUCAUCAUGGGCCCCGGUAGAGGAGGCGAGAUGUUCGGUCUUGUCUGUCUUGUACCUGAUCCCAACCCCGAAGGCGAAGGCACAUCAUGGAAUAACCCAGCUCCACUGGAAGAAGUACUCGAUGCAUUCCAAGCUUUCCCGCAAUGGGUUCGCGACAUCAUAUCUCAUGCCCCCGAAGCGGCACUUUGGCAACUCAGGGACAUCGAUCCCCUGACAACAUGGACAAAAGGACGCGCCAUCAUCAUCGGUGACGCAGCUCAUGCCAUGUUACCCACACAAGGACAAGGCGCGAGUCAAAGCAUCGAGGAUGCUGAAGCUCUACAGGCUUUCCUCUCCACCAUUGACUCAAAGUCAUCCGCCGAUGAUAUCCACGAGCAGCUCCUCGCCAUCGUCAACGCGAGAUACGAGAGAGCGUCGUUGAUCCAGGCAUACAGCAGGCUCCAGGCAAAGCCAGCGGCGUCACAGGACAACAAGACUGUUCAACUCAACCCACAAGAGUUCAUGCAGUACAACUGCAAUUACUCGGGAGCGAAGGAUUGGGUCAAGAGACAACGGGAUGCGGAGGAGUUGGCGUAUAAGCAGACUGCGGCUAGGGCUUAG